CUCCACGCUACUCCAGCUCAUCCAACAAGAUCCACCAUGUCUUCGGAGGGUUCGACGAAAAUAUAUCCGGAGGGUUCGGAGGCGCCCUCACCGCCGGCCAGGACCUUAAAUUUUUCAAUAGCCAAAAUAAUGGAACCCGAUAACAAGAAAAAAACCGAAUCGGACAAAAGUGACAAAGCUUUAAACCUGUCGUAUCCUUCGGCCUUCGAGUCGGCGUUCAAAAAAUACGUGCCCAACGUGCUAAGGUCCCAAGAACUUUUACAACAGUACCCCCUGGUGUACUACCAUCCUAGUCAACUGAUGUUAGGCUCAGUGUAUUCCUCAUCCCUGCAGCAGGAAGUGAACUCCCCAAGCAACCCGUCAACAAUCACCCCAUCGAGCAUCACCUACCCGAAGCCAAGCCAGAAGCAGACCUCGGUGAAGGGCAACGGAGGCCCCAACGGCGGCAUAAACCAAAACCUCAUAUCCAACAAGCAGAAGACCUUCGAGUGCGGCGAGUGCGGCAAAGUGUUCAACGCCCAUUACAACCUGACCCGUCACAUGCCGGUCCACACCGGCGCCCGUCCCUUCGUGUGCAAGAUAUGCGGCAAGGGGUUCCGCCAGGCGUCCACGUUGUGCCGCCACAAAAUCAUCCACACCUCCGAGAAGCCCCACAAAUGCCACACGUGCGGCAAAGCCUUCAACCGGUCCUCCACGCUGAACACCCACGCCAGAAUCCACGCCGGCUACAAGCCGUUCGUGUGCGAGUUCUGCGGCAAAGGGUUCCAUCAGAAGGGCAACUACAAGAACCACAAGCUGACGCACAGCGGCGAGAAGGCCUACAAGUGCACGGUUUGUUCGAAGGCCUUCCACCAGAUCUACAACUUGACGUUCCACAUGCACACGCACAACGACAAAAAGCCAUUCACGUGCCGAGUGUGCGGCAAAGGGUUCUGUCGCAACUUCGACCUGAAGAAGCACAUGAGGAAGUUGCACGAGAACAGCUCGAGCAACAUUGAUGCGGACUUUGUGACCGGUAAUUCGAGUAGUGGGAACGGCAAUUCGGUGUACACCGGCGAGCGGGAGCUUCAUCAUUUCAUCAGUCCCUUCAUCAGACCCCCGAUGCCGGUGCCCGUCUACUCGUCGAAGCUAUUGUGACCCUCGUAUUGAACGCGAAAUGUACUAGCAUGUUUCGAAAUAACCCCCUUUUGAUUCAUUAAUCAUCUGUGUGCUAUAUUUAUAAUUGUCAAUAAAUUUAGAUAAAUUACAAGGUUAUUCCAAACAUGCUCCUUAUUAAUCAUCAGUCCAAUCAAGUGCUUAAUAAUUUUAGAAAAAUAUACAAUGAACAUUCGUCGACAUGUCCAGAGUACAUAACUUAAUUUUUAUGAUGAUUGAUGUUUUAUAACCUGUUUAUCUGAAAUUUGAUCUCUCUAUCAAUGUGCAAUAUGUGCGGGGUUACGCCCUUUCCGAAUUUUAAUUGUGAAUAAAAUUCUUGGAUUCAGCAAUGCUUAGAAUUAAAAUUGUAAAAAUUAUG